AUGGGCUUUUCAAUCAUUCUACUCACUGUUAGCUUCAUUAUAGGCGCUUACAUCGUUUAUAAGGUCAACAAAAGAUCUCCCUUUUGGAACAUCCCUGGUCCUAAAUCACAUUCAUUCAUUCUUGGUCAUAUUUGCGAACUGUUUCAGAAUCAAGUCGGAUUGACCGAUUUCGAGUGGCAAGAGACUUAUGGGAACGUCGUUCGCUUUAAGGCUUCUUUUGGAAGUGACUACCUUAUGAUAUCCGACCCUAAAGCUCUACAGCGAGUUUUCCAGACAUCAGGCUAUAGAUGGCGUAAGACUCCUCAACGACGAGAGUUUAGUAGGUUGACAUCCGGGAAGGGACUCGCUUGGGCUGAUGGUAUGGAUAACACGCCACUCCCGGGCCCAUACCUUUGUAUUAAGACUCUAGCAGGUGAUGUACACAAACGGCAGCGGAAGAUCAUGCUUCCUGGAUUCAGCGCUCCGGAAGCCAAGAAUUUCUUCCCAUUUUUCUCCUCCUGCGCUGCCGUGCUGUGCUCUCGGUGGACUGAUAUCAUAUCAGCUUCCUCAGAGCGACAUCAGGUCUUUAAUGUCUCCGAGUGGAUGUCUCGAGCAGUUCUGGACGCCAUUGGCCAAGCUGCUUUCGAUUAUGAUUUUGGAGCCACGAAAGAUCAGGAUACAGAACUUUCGAAACUUUAUCAAGGCUUGAUGGCCAAAACUUUCGGUGCACCUUCUAAAACUGCUUUAUUACUGCUUGAACUCUUUCAAUAUGUUCCAACAUCUGUGAUGGAGUUCGUCAAUAAUCACAACCCCCGAUUUUCUUCGCUACACCGAGUCGCCCAUCUCGCAGAAGCCACAGCAAGGCAUCUCGUAGACACGAAAUCGGACUUGCUAUUAGAGGGCAAGAACAAGAAAGAUAUCAUGAGUCUUCUGGUAAAAGCCAAUCAAGACGCAGCCCUACAUCCAAAAGCCCGACUUAGUGAAGAAGAACUUCUUGCUCAAAUGCGAGUUCUGCUAUUUGCCGGCCACGAAACAUCAUCAACCACGCUCUCCUUUGCGCUUUUCGAGCUGAGCAGGAUUCGGAAAGAAAUACGGAGCGUUGAGAAAAACAUUGAGGAACGUGGAGACACUAGAUUCACAGCCCAAGACUUGGAAUCUAUGCCGCUAUUAGGUGCUACAGUCAAGGAGACACUCCGAUUUCACCCUGUAGCUAUGCACCUCUUCCGUGUUGCGGUCGAGGACGACAUCCUUCCGCUGUCGAAGCCGAUUAUAACGACAACAGGAGAAAUCCUUCACGAACUCGUGGUGCCUAAAGGGACCAGGAUUGUUGGUUCUGUACCGGCAUACAACAGAAACAAAGAUGUAUUCGGGGAUGAUUCUUUUGAAUUCAAUCCAGACCGCUGGUUAGAGUCCGGGCAUGUGAAUAACGAUGUCUCUCUGGGUGUCUAUGCCAAUCUUGCAACAUUCUCUGCUGGUAUCAGAUCCUGCAUCGGAUGGAGAUUCGCUGUGCUUGAGCUACAGGCAUUCCUCGUCGAACUAAUCAGAAACUUCGAAUUCGAAGCUACACCAGCCUUGGAACGUAUUCGAAGAGAGACAGCAUUUGUUAUGACACCCACAAUCGAGGGGGAGCUGGAAAAGGGUUCCCAAAUGCCUUUGAAAGUAGCUUUCUCGGCGCGAGAUAAUGAAAAACGAUAAGGAGGAGUGGAUACAUUUAUGCGAUAAUCGAGUAGAUAUACCAGUCAAGUAUGUACUCAAUACUCAGUGCUUACAUCUACCAUCGAAAGUCCAAGCAAAUUCGGCCUAUUUCGGCACAUCUAUCCGGUCCGAUAGUUUCACGGGUCGCGAGUGUCGCAACUUGGAUUUCUCCUCUACGCUGUGUACGACAGCGGCCCCUCCCAAGUUAUUGCAAUACUGGAAUUAAUACUGUCAACUACGUUCACCCACUUUACAUGGACACAAAUCAAAUGUAGCAUAGGUCCCAGUUAAAUUGCUGAUCAUGGCAACUCUCCUCUCCUCCUUCUCCCUGUUGUUGUCUCUCUUCAGACGACGGAACGGUUGUCCGAAUCGGCCUGGCUUAUUAGUUGAUUCGGCCUAGGGGA